AUGACUGCUUACUUUGGGCGCGCUACGAUGGCGGUCUUGACCGCCGGGCUGGCCUACAUGAUCUACUCCAACGCCACGUCCACGCCGACAGAUGCCACUGACGACGCACCGACGACAACUACCAUGCCUUUGAUCGCUGACGAACAGCAACACGAUCUUCUCGACACCGAUCUCGACGAGCCAGAGCCACUUGAGGCUGGGAUCGAGCUCCCACAGCUCGACGCUGCCACCGUCAUGGAGCUCCUUGAAGACACACAACAACGCCACGUGGACGCGAUGCAGGCGUCUCUGGACGCAUCCACCGCCACCGCAGCGACACUGCAGCGCCAACUCGACGCCUCCAGCGCCGCAACAGCAGCAGCCGAGACCACGAUUCGUGCUCUGCAGCACGAGCGGGAUACAAUGGCCGCCGACCAUCUUCGCGCGAUCGACGCGCUUCGAGCCGAGCACACGCGCCAGCUCGCUGCAACCCAAGCCUCUUUGGCCGAAUCCAACCAGCAGGUCGCGACUUUACGCGACCAACUCGACGCCUCGAUCGCUCUGCAGGCCACCACACAAGCAUCUCUUGAUACAUCCGUUCAGAACUUGGCACACCAAGCUCUCGCGUCGCUCCACAAGUCGGCUGCAGCGGAUGAAGUCAUCCGAAAUUUGCAGCUGGAGCUCAACGCAGCGAACGUGACGGUCGAGGUUGUGACAAUGGACGCGGCAAGGGCUUUAGACAAGUGGCACCGCGCGGUCUCAAGCCGCCUGUUCGAAUGUCCACGCUGCGGUGGCAUCGACGACACACCCAUCAUGAUCGAGUCGGAUCCUCCCAACGACGACGAAGAGCGGUGGUCCUGUGAGGACUCCAUGCCAAUGUCGGCCAUCCUCGCAGUACCGCCGCCACUACCAUCCAUCGCCGAGACGCCAGAAGAGCUCACGGACGACAUCCCUGACCAACGACGACGACGGCUAAAGAAGAGCAAGACUGGUCUCUGGCCGUUUGGGCACCGCUAG